UAAAAAUAAGAACUCGAAACAAUGUUUUAGUGUUGCUGUAGGUUUAUUAGAUUCCAAAAGACGGCGCUAGGAUCCAGCGUCCCGAGCUCUGAUUUUCCCUCCCGACCAUGCAGCUCGAUCUAUUCUAAACGGUCUGCCAGAACCCUCACACGCAUGCCGCUACUUCCUGGAUGGAAGAAUGGAACGCUACCAGCGCUGCCCUUGCCUUUGCAACAUUCUCUCUACAAUCAAUCUAAGUGACCGCUGAAAGGACGAACACAUACAAUCAGUAUUAUUCGAACACUUUCUCUUCAAGUUUACGAAAUUGAGUCGGACUCGUUUACUUUUCCUCUAGGAUUGACUUUUUCUCCGUGAAAAGAAAGCCUGUCUGCAUGUGGCGGACCAUCACAACUAUUUAUCUGCGGUCCGCAUCCAUAGAUAUUCUUCGAAACAUAUGCUGAUUUGUUUCAAUUGAAUUACCAUCAAACUAAACUCAAUUUGGGGUUGCAGCUGUGUUCAAAUCCGAUGUGGUUUACGUGUGUUUUCUGCAAUCAAGUUUAUGUAAUUUUGUAAACUUCAAACUUUUGUCACCCGUUGCCUUCUGUUGCUCUCGAUGACUAUUCUGACAUGCGGCGAAUACUGGAAACUAGCCACUGGUGGACCUUAUCCUUCAUGUUUUCAGCAUUGGCCAUGUUUACCCACUGCUAUCCUGCUCUACAGGCUGGCCAGUCGGGGCCAGUAGAGAAAGAGCAUCAUGGGAGCAUGGGGGGCAGGGUGAGGGAGAGGAGGGCGGCAGGAGGAGACUCCUACUGGGCUUAUUCAGGGACCCACGGGACUGGGGGCUGGGCCUCCUCCUACCCUGAGUGUGUGGAGAGGAACCAAUCACCAGUGGAUAUUUCAGACGAGGAUGCCCAGGUCUCUCAGGAGUACCAGGAGCUGACCCUCAAUGGGUUCAACGCUGAGUCGUCCAACAAGACCUCCAUGAAGAACACAGGGAAGACAGUGGCUGUGCUGCUGAAGGAUGACUACUUUGUACGGGGGGCAGGACUGCCUGGACGCUUCAAGGCGGAGAAGAUUGAGUUCCAUUGGGGUCAGAGUAACGGAUCAGCAGGGUCAGAACACAGCAUCAACGACAGGAAGUUCCCUGUGGAGAUGCAGAUCUACCUGUACAAUUCUGAUGACUUUGACAGUCUCAGUGCGGCCAUCAAGGAGAAACGCAUGAUUGCUGCGCUGGCUGUGUUCUUUGAGGUGGGGAGGAGAGACAAUCCAUCUGUAGAGCCCAUCAUCCAGGGACUGAAACGGGUGGUACACCACGAGAAGGAGACAUUCCUGAGUCCAUUUAUCCUGAGGGAUCUGCUACCAUCAUCGUUGGGGAGUUACUACCGCUACACAGGCUCUCUCACCAGCCCGCCCUGCAGCAAGGUGGUCGAGUGGAUCAUCUUCUCCAGGCCCGUCUUACUCUCCCACUCACAGCUGGAGGCAUUCUACUCCAUCUUCACCACGGAGCAGCAGGACCAUGUGAAGUCAGUAGAGUACCUGAGAAACAACUACAGACCCCUUCAGGACCUGGACAACAGGGAGGUGUCGAAGUCCGCUGUUAAAGACGCCUGGCAGAGGGACCUGACUGACAGCCUGGGACUAGGUACAGAUGUCAUCACAGACGCAUCCAGAGUCUGCAGCAGUGCCCCAGUCAACAUGAAGAUCCAGCCACUGAACGGCACUGCCCUGUUGGUGAGCUGGCAGCGCCCGCUAGUGGUCUACCACCCACCUAUCACCAGCUUCAUGGUCUCCUACAGCUGGAUGAAGAGUGACGUGGCCUACGAGAAGACUGGGGACCAGAACAUGAAGGCGGUGAUAACCCACGUGUCUCCAGACAUCCUGUAUCUGUUCAGAGUCCAGGCGGUGUGCCAGAGAGACCUACGCAGUGACUUCAGCCAGACACUGCUCUUCAGAGCUAACACCACCAGGAUAUUUGAGGGAACACGGAUAGUGAAGACUGGAAUGCCCACCGUCUCCCCAGCCUCCUCGGCGGACAUGGCUCCUAUCAGCUCCGGCUCCUCCACCUGGACCUCCUCUGGCCUCCCCUUCUCCUUUGUCUCCAUGGCUACGGGGGGCAUCGGCCCAUCCUCCAGCGGCAGUCAGGCCACGGUGGCAUCGGUGGUGACCAGCACACUGUUGGCCGGCCUGGGCUUCAGCGGAGGGGUCAUCUCUUCCCUGCCUGGCUCUCUCUGGCCCACCCAGGCCCCUGCAGCCAGCCCUGGGUCUAAUCCUGGCCCGGGUCCCAUCCCCAGCCGCCAGCCUACCCAGUCCCAGGCCUCCACUGAGCUCCCUACAGCCCGUCAGGGUGGUUCUGACACGGACACCCCCACAGCGGAGGAGGAGGCAGGGGUGGACAGGGAGGCUGAGGGGGAGGAGGGAGAGGGAGAGAAGGAUGAAGGGGAAGACGACGGGAGGAAGAAGAAUAACAAGACAGUGCCUGAUGAGGUGGAGACAAAGAUGAACAGCACCGUGGUCAAAGUGCCCUCCUCCUAUGUCCCUACCCCCACAGCCAAAGAGAAAGGACAGGGGCAGGGAGAGCCUGUGGCUAACAGCACCACUGUGCCUCCCAGUGUAGGGGAGGACCAACUUUCCGGAGUGGACAGUAGCUCAGGGCCCACGGUGCAGCCAAAGAAGGACACAGCAGAGAGAGAGAUGCAGAUUCCCCAGAGCCCAACACGCUCCCCAAAGACUGGUGGGGAGAAGAGCCUUUGGCCUUUCUCUGUCCACACGGACAGAACUAGUGUGUCCAACAUGACCCGCAGCUCUCACGCUGGGGGGGGCCGGAUGGAGUGGAUCGUCCCGCUGGUGGUGGUCUCAGCCCUCACCCUCCUCUGCCUCGUCAUGCUACUGGCUGUCCUGGUCUACUGGAGGAGGUUUUUCCAGACAGCUCACUUUUAUGUGGAGGACAGUAGUUCUCCCAGGGUGGUGGCCAAUGAGAACAUCCCUGUCAUCCCCAUACCAGAUGACAUGGAUGCCAUCCCUGUCAGGCAGUUCAUCAAACACAUCAUGGAACUCUACUCCAACAACUUGCACGGGUUCUCUGAGGAGUUUGAGGAGGUUCAGCGUUGUACGGUGGACCUUAAGAUCACUGCAGAACAUUCCAAUCAUCCUGACAACAAGCACAAAAACAGAUACAUCAACAUCGUGGCCUACGAUCACAGUAGGGUGAAGUUACGACCCCUGGCUGGCAAGGAUGCUAAACACAGUGACUACAUGAACGCUAACUAUGUAGAUGGUUACAACCAUCCCAAGGCCUACAUCGCCGCCCAGGGCCCUCUCAAGUCCACGUUCGAGGACUUCUGGAGGAUGGUGUGGGAACAGAACACCGGUAUCAUCGUCAUGAUCACCAACCUGGUAGAGAAAGGAAGGAGAAAAUGUGACCAAUACUGGCCCACAGAGAGCAGCGAGGAGUAUGGCAACAUUGUGGUGACUCUAAAGAGUACUAAAGUUCACGCCUGUUACACACUGAGACAAUUCCUCAUACGGAACACCAAAGUCAAAAAGGGUCAGAAGGGCAACCCGAAGGGGCGUCAGAACGAGCGGAUGGUGAUCCAGUAUCACUACACCCAGUGGCCUGACAUGGGCGUUCCGGAAUACACCCUACCUGUCCUCACCUUUAUAGGGCGCUCCUCUGCAGCACGCGCACCUGGCAUGGGCCCUGUCCUAGUGCACUGCAGUGCUGGAGUUGGGAGGACGGGUACGUACAUCGUCCUCGACAGCAUGCUGCAGCAGAUCAAAGACAAAAGCACAGUCAACGUCUGGGGCUUUCUCAAACACAUCCGCACACAACGCAACUACCUGGUCCAGACAGAGGAGCAGUAUGUGUUCAUCCAUGAUGCCCUGAUGGAGGCCAUCCUGGGCAGUGAGACAGAGGUACCCGCCUGGCAGCUCCAUGGUUACGUCAACAGCAUCCUCACCCCCGGCCUGGGGGGCCGCACCCGCCUCGACAAGCAGUUCAGGCUGCUGACCCAGAGUAACGGCAGCUUCGUGGAGUGUUUCAGCGCCCAGAAAGACUGCAACAAGGAGAAGAACCGCAACUCCUCAGUAGUUCCAUCGGAACGAGCUCGCGUAGGACUGGCCCCUCUCCCUGGAAUGAAAGGCACAGACUAUAUCAAUGCCUCCUACAUAAUGGGUUACUACAGGAGUAAUGAGUUCAUCAUUACCCAGCAUCCUUUACCCCACACCACCACAGACUUCUGGAGAAUGAUCUGGGACCACAAUGCCCAAAUCAUUGUCAUGCUUGCAGACAACCAUGGUUUGGCUGAGGAUGAGUUUGUGUACUGGCCGAGCAGAGAGGAGGCAAUGAACUGCCUAGCUUUCACCGUCACCCUGAUCAGCAAGGACAGACUGUGUCUCUCCAACGAAGAACAAAUCAUCAUCCACGACUUCAUCUUGGAGGCCACGCAGGAUGACUAUGUCCUGGAGGUGAGACAUUUCCAGUGCCCUAAAUGGCCCAACCCCGAUGCCCCUCUCAGCGGUACCUUUGAGCUCAUCAACGUCAUCAAAGAGGAGGCUAUGACCCGAGACGGACCCACCAUUAUACACGAUGAAUUUGGGGCAGUGUCUGCAGGGACUCUGUGUGCCCUCACCACCUUGUCUCAGCAGUUGGAGAGUGAAGGGGCUGUGGAUGUCUAUCAGGUGGCUAAGAUGAUCAACCUCAUGAGGCCGGGAGUCUUCACAGACAUAGAGCAGUACCAGUACCUGUACAAGGCCAUGCUAAGCCUGGUGAGCAGCAGAGACAGUGGGAUCAGCCCCAUCUACAUGGACACUAAUGGAGUGGUGGUCAUCAUUGACCAAUCAGAUCCUGCUGAGAGCAUGGAGUCGCUGGUCUGACUGGUCUCUGAUAUGACUGGUCUGACUGGUUACGGGUCUGACUGACCACACCAUCAUCCGAAGGCACUUAAUUUGUACAACUCUGAGGAACAAAGAGAACUUUGGCGGACUUUCCUUGAGGCCUUUUUAGCCAGAAAUAUUGGUUAAAUGAAUAACCUGAUUACCUUUUUUACACUGAUAUAAACUUUUUUGAUAUUUAUUUUUUUCUUCAUAAUUGUUUGUCUUAAUUGUUAUCCUGCUGAGAGUUGUUAACUGUUACAUUGUUUCACGUGAGGAAAAAGAAAGCAUCUCUGUCCAGUUUACACUACACUGUCGGUGUUACUGCCUAAAACCCCGUUAGAUAAUACAGUACCAUUAACGAGACCCUGGCUCCACUGUACUCUACACUCAUUGGAUCUCUUUGGAUUGUGGCAAAGAACAGACUUUAGCUUCAAUGAAUGAAGAAUAAGGACCAAGGACAACCUUGAAGGUCAACAUGAUCCAGUCCAAUAGAUUUCUCAAUACAGAUUGUCAGAGUUCAGUGUAUGACAGUACAGCUCACUUAACAAGCAAUUGCAACACUAUCACCGGGUCAACUCUUCGGUAAGACUUUAUUGUCGUAUUCCGUCUGUAGAUGCUCUACAGAUUUAUCAGUAAGAUUUCGACUCUACUAGCCAUAACCCUUAUCCUAAUCCUAAAUUUAACCCUUACCCUAAACAUUAUUCUAUACCUGACUCUGACCGUAACCUUAGCAAGCAGUUGCUUAUCAACAAAUCGUUUGUUGAUGGUAUGCUCAUCUGUAGAUGCUCUAUCAGGACUAUCCAAAUAAAGUAUACCCAACGCUUCUUAUUCAGUAAAACCCACCUUAUCCCAGGACCAUUUAUAAUCUGUAGAUUAUACAUACUAUUCCUUUAUUACCCAAAUAUCUCCAUUCUAUUUGUAAAUUGUACCCAUUACUUUGAUUUUUUUUAAAGUGGUAUUACAACAACUACUGUGAACAUUCAUUGCUUUAUAUUAUGAUUUCUAUUGUUUUGUAAUCCAUAUGACUAUAUACUUGAUCAUAUUAAGCAGCUGGUUUUGUAUACUCUGUCAUCCCUCCUCGCGCCUUGUGUGGAUUGGUGCUCGGACACACUGAGACCCAUAUUGUCCAUUCUGUUUUAAUAAAUGAUACUAGUUAGUUUCUGAACCCAGGUCUACAUGUGACUCGUCUGGCAUCAAUUGUUCCAUUACAACGGAGUUUAUGUCAUAUUAAACAUGGCUUUCAUUUUACCA